AUGACAGCUGUAGCAACCGCUUCAAGUUUGGGCCCUGCCACUGGAACUAGUAAUAAUGUCCUCAACACGAGUGAUUUCUCCCUCUCUGCUGGUGUACCUACCACUGGAACUGUUACGAGGUCUAUAACUCCAGCUGGUAAUGCGCCAAUCACCGGGGGUCUUGACCCAGCUUCAACAAUACAAGGACAAACACCGCAGUUGCUGCAGCAGCCCGGCCUUCUUGACCAUCCGCAUCACCAGGCACAAGCAAGCUCUGGCCGACACAUUAUGAUGAGGCCGAACCAACUGAUGAUGAGUAACGCUCAGGUGGAUAUUGUAAUUCUAUAUAUUUUUUAA